AUGACUAACGUUAAAUUAAAAUUGAUGUUUUUCCUACUUAACUCACUCUUGGCAGCUGACAUCGUCUACGCCAGGCCUUAUCCUGACAAAAACAAUACAGACAUCAUCAUUAAGUUUACCAGCGAUAGCAACAACACAUUUAAUAUUCCAGUGGAUUCAAAUUCUGAUACUCUUAUCGUAGCUAAUGAUGAUGAAACUCCAGAAGAAACAAAUAAGAGUUCUAACAACCAAUUGGAAGCCAUAGUGAACGCUGAACAAGAUCGUGACGAAGCGAUGUCUGAGAAAAUAAUGAAAGACCAAGUCAGCAUUUUAGAAGUGAACAAAAAAGACGCUGCAGCUAUAGAAAACCAAUUGAACAUAUCAAGUUCUGUUCUAGACGACAUAAUAGACUCUGAAACAGAUAGAGAAGAGACUCUUACUGACAUACUUUUUAGGCCCGAAUCGGAGUUUGCAGAAGAUAUGCCUAGGUUUGAGUUUUUAAUUGCUGGUAAAAUAAACAGUAGUGAUGUAAGUAAUAGGAGUGUAGUGAAAGAUGGUGGAUUCAGUGAUAAUAGGUUAGAGAGGAACGGUAGUGAUGUGCUUCGGAAGGUGGAUUACGUGGAGCUGGUGGAGGUUCUGAAGCCCACGAAGAUUAGUGAGAACAAGAGUGCGUAUCUGAUGAAUAUCACCGAACAUGAGGUGGACGAUGACUUAGCUCCUGAUACAAUUUUGUCCGUGUUCGCAGGUUUCACCGACGUCCAGACUCUCUUCCUGGCGUGCUUCGGAACGCUUCUGCCGCUCCUCGCGGUGCUAUUUGCGACGCUUCUGCUUCGGUGUAUGUGCCGGAGGUGGUGCCCAGGGUUCUGUAAGAAGACCACAGGGUCUUCGGUCUCGGAGAGCAGCGAAAAAGAUGAUAAUCAGCAAUUGAAAUCCCCAGCCGACGACACCAGCAACGGAGAAGCGUUGGAGAAUGGUGAAGCCCCUCCAGCUAACGGCUCCAUAUUCACCAUGACGCUGAAGAACAACCACCUGAUUGUGGAGACUGAAGAGAGGAAUGAUAUCACCAAGAACGGACGCGAGACGAAGAUGAAGUAUUCACCAGACAACGACGGCAUAUUCGUCGUCGAAGUCCAACAGUCCACAGCCUACAGACCUAACAACAAGUCUUUACAGAAUUCGCCACCACACGACCCUCAGAUAUCCACAAACCAAGCACUGAUUCACAGAGUUCCAGAAGAUUUGGAGAAAAAAUUAGACGAAGACCGUGAGCAAUGUAAUGAUGACUUUGGAAGAGCGAAAGCUCUGGCUCUUUCGAGCACAGGCCUGUCUAUAUCAGACCUAUCAAUGUCAUCUAUUGGAUCCCAUAAUGUUAGUUAUUCUUACGGAAGCCAGAUUGGCUAUGAACAAGGACCAUUCGGAUACCCAGUAUACGCUGGCUAUGAUAUAUCCAAAGAUGAUAUCCCUGAAGGCAUGACGUACGACAACUCUCAAGAACCCCUGAUCAGCAAAACACCAACAGAUCCUGACAAACCAGUUGUUACAGCUGCUAUUUUCAAACAGGAUUCUAUUAUAGGCAACGAUGCUCUGCAAGGCCCUGGGUAUUGUAUCGAAGGGUCUACAGAUGGACCUUUGUUAUCAGAUGUUCAAGCUAGAGAGUAUAGCUUGCAACAUCUAUUAGACCAAAAGGAUAAGAAGGUUGAGAAUGGCGUAGCUAUUCCAAUAUCAGACAAAGUGGAAAGUCCUAAAAAGGCACUAACUAGGGCUGAUAGUUUACCAGUUCAAAUAGAAAAAGAUAAGACUCCAGAGGUGAUAACUGAUAAAAACAAUGCAAUGGAGACUAUUAAAGAGGAUGAUAUACCAAAAGAUAUGCUCAAAGGUAAAAGAGCUUCGUUACCAAUUAUACGGACAGAUAUGUAUGAAUCAGUUAAAGAUGUACUUCUGCCGUCUGGUUCUCCUAAAUUUGAGAAGCUGAUGAAUGAGACGUCGCCAGGAGAUAGCAGUUUUGAUGCUCCACCAAUGAUUACGAUCACUGAAGAGGGGGAAACUGGGAAGACAGAAAGUGGUAGUUAA